CUCGGUAUCGGCAACGACACGCACGUCGUCGUGUACGACACCAGCAGCGCGGGCUCGUUCAGCGCCCCCCGGGUGUGGUGGAUGUUCCGGGUGUUCGGCCACGACUCGGUGUCGGUGCUGGACGGAGGCAUGAAGAACUGGGAGGCUGACGGACACCCGGUGAGCUCCCAGUACAAGAAGCCGGAGAGCAGAGAGUUCCGAGCGACCCUGAACGCAUCAUGGGUGAAGAGCUAUGAAGACGUCCUGGAGAACAUCAAGACCAAGAAGGUCCAGGUGGUGGACACCAGGUCCGCUGGCAGGUUCAAGGGUACUGAUCCAGAACCCAGAGAGGACAUUCUGCCUGGACAUUUCCCCGGAGCCAUCAACAUGCCGUUCACGACGUUCCUGGAUCCCUCUGGGAAACAUCUGGGAACUGAGGCCCUGGCCAAGCUUUUUAAAGACGCCGGGGUGGACCUGCAGCGUCCGCUCUGGGCCUCCUGCGGUUCUGGAGUCACUGCGUGCCACGUCGUCCUGGCUGCGGAGCAGCUCGGGCACCCGGGGGUCCCUCUGUACGACGGCUCCUGGUGCGAGUGGUUUCAGAGAGCCGAGCAGGAGAACAUCAUUUCAGAGUGGGGGAGAACGACGGAGCGAAUGAUCAAAUGAGGCAAAAACAAGAACAUGUUGCAAAUAGAGAAGAAAAAAUGAGUGCGCUGUACGAACAGCUGCUAAUUAUCAAGAAUAAUCUGAAUUAUGGUGCAAGUGUCACCAGCGGCAUCAAAGAUCUGAUUUCUUGGAAGUUCUAAUGAGCGUUUGCACGAGACACAUGUGAAAGUUACAUAAACCUAAAAUAGCUUUAAAACAAUCAAGCUACAUGUAUUUUUUUUAAUUUACAGCCAAAGAAAAAAAAAAUCCAGACCUUUUUUUUUAGACAAUUAAAUGCUUUUUACAAAGCAAUUUUUAUAAGAUCAAAACAUGGAUUUUACUAAAAGUGCAUGUGUAUGUGCUUAUUGUAGCACAAGUUAUUAAUUAUACUGUAGCUUUUGUUAGUAUCAGCUGCACACUGUCCGUUAUUGAUUUACUGUGGAACCUUAAAUGUGUAUUAAUGUAAAAAGUAAUGAAAAUG